GUUUCAGAUUUCAAUAUAAUGACUUCCCAGCCAACUUUCAACGGAAUGCCAAUUGAAAUAAUUCAUGAGACAUUACAGAAAAUGGAGCCACGAAAUCGCCUAACUCUCCGAAAAGUGUCCCGUAACCUGCGACUUGCCGUAGAUCACCAUGGCAUUGGAUUCAUGGAUGUUAUCUUUAAAAUUACAAGCGAAAAAAGUGUUGAGAUGGAAUUAGAUGACAUUUGCAUCAAGUGCAGAAAUAACAUCCAUGGGAAUUGCCUGAUGGAUAUUGAAGAUGAUACCCAGCGCCGAGAUAAAACAAUUGUAGGAGCAGACUGUAUUGAAAUGGCGCUGAGUGUGCUGGAAAUGUGCUUGAAAAAGCCGUUAAAGACAUUGUUGCUGUCUAUAAACUCACUUUCUGAGGAUAGAUUUAAAAAUUUUGAUGCUUUAACUGAUAGACUCCAAGCAGUGAAGCCACUAGAUGUAGAAUGUUUGCUCCUGACAGACCUGAGCCUUGCCCAAUGUGCUCAUCUCUUACCGUUUUUCGAGGCAGGAAAGCUGGAAAGAAUCGCAAUAAAUAAUGAUGAAGAGGAAUUCAACAAGUUUGAGGAGAUCACUGUAUUGGAGCAGUGGAAGAAGGCGAAACGUCUACACUUGAAUCCAUAUAAGGGAUUUGACACAAGCUCGGUGUCAAUUGAAUCUUUUUUUCAUUGCAAGUGGUUUUCAAUUACAGUGCUCACGAUUUCAGCUCAAGAUGCUAGGAAGAUUGAAGAGAUCCUUCUAAAAAACGAACAUUUUACCGGCUGCGAUAUAAAAUGUUGGACACUACCUGUGAUGACGGAAAUAUUUCAGACUAUAACUGAACUUCCAUCCGAUGACACCAUCAAGUCUAAAUUCGAAUAUUCUAGUGGAAAUUCUAAAUUCUCGUUUGAAGUACAGUAUGGUUAUAUAAACAUAUCCAGAGUUUAGUCUAGUUGAAUUCAAUUCAAUAAAAACAUUUUCUCCGUUUGAACCAACUUUAUUUGUGCUCUAUUUUCAUUAUGAACUCUAAUUUCAA